CUGCGCGGCGGUAGGGUCUGCGGCCGUGGGGAGGCAGGAAAAUGGCGCUGACGCAGGGGACCAAGCGGAAAGUCUGCUACUACUACGACCGAGCGGGGCGGCGGGGAGCGGGCCCCCCCCGCGCCCCGUGCCCGCAGCGCUGCCGGGACGGGAGCAUGCGGCUCCUCUUCCUCUGCCUCCUGACUCUCGCUGAUUGCUACGGGCAAGCGGCGCAGACGCGAUUCGUGGAGGAGCCCGAGGACCAGACCGUGGUGGCCGGGCAGAGGAUCGUGCUGUCCUGCGUGGUGCUCAAUUACUCCGGGAUCGUGCAAUGGACCAAGGAUGGGCUGGCACUGGGCAUGGGGCAGGGCCUCAAAGCCUGGCCACGCUACCGCAUCGUGGGCACGGCCGACUCGGGACAGUACAACCUGGAGAUCAGCGACGCUGAGCUCUCCGACGACGCCGUCUACGAGUGCCAGGCGACCGAGGCCGCGCUGCGCUCACGCCGGGCCAAGCUCACCGUGCUCAGUAAGGAGCAAAAUAGGGAUGCUGGGCACCCGGAUCUAGCAUGGAUAACAGGUACACACAUCAGACAGGGAUGCUGGAUGCCCAGAUCUAGCAUGGAUAAUGGGUACACACAUCAGAUAGGGAUGCUGGACACCCAUCUAGGCAGAGGUGCUGGGUGCCCACACAUGGCAGUUUUGGGGCUCUCCCUUCUCACUGUUCCAUGCAGUGCUGGGCUGGGUGGUUCUCCCCUUGCUCCCACCCUCUGCCACGCCGAACCCCAACUCAGUGCUCGUGGUGGCUCCGUUCACCUUCCCACAGAUCCCCCGACUGUCACCCUGUCCAUCCAGCCGCAGACGGUGCAGGAGGGCGAGCGGGUUGUGUUCACCUGCAUGGCCACCGCCAACCCUGAGAUCAAAGGUUACAGGUGGGCCAAGGGCGGGGUGAUCAUUGAGGAGGCCAAGGAGAACAGGUACGACACGCAGGUGGACUACACCUUCUUCACGGAGCCCGUCUCCUGCGAGGUGCACAACGACAUCGGCAGCACCAACGUCAGCACGCUGGUGGACGUGCACUUCGCCCCUCGCAUCAUGGUGGCCCCCAAACCCACCGUCACCGACAUCGGCUCCGAUGUGACGCUGACCUGCAUGUGGUCCGGCAACCCCCCGCUGACCCUCACCUGGACCAAGAAGGAGUCCAACAUGGUGCUGAGCAACAGCAACCAGCUGUACCUGAAGUCGGUGACGCAGGCGGACGCGGGGCAGUACAUCUGCAAAGCCAUCGUCCCCCGCAUCGGCGUGGGCGAGCGCGAGGUCACCCUCUAUGUCAACGGGCCCCCCAUCAUCUCCAGUGAGGUGGUGCAGUACGCGGCGCGCGGCGACCGCGGCAAAGUGGAGUGCUUCAUCGGCAGCACGCCGCCACCAGACCGCAUCGCCUGGGCUUGGAAGGAGAACAUUUUGGAGGCAGGGACGCUGGAGCGCUACACGGUGGAGAGGACCACCAUGGGCAGCGGGGUGCUGUCCACCCUCACCAUCAACAAUGUGAUGGAGGCCGACUUCCAGACCCACUACAACUGCACCGCCUGGAACAGCUUCGGGCCAGGCACCGCCAUCAUCCAGCUGGAGGAGAAAGAGGUCCUGCCCGUGGGCAUCAUCGCCGGGGCCACCAUCGGGGCCAGCAUCCUCGUCAUCAGCUUCCUCGUGGCACUCGCCUGCUUCCUCUACCGGCGCCGGAAAGGAAGUCGGAAGGAUGUCACCCUGCGCAAGCUGGACAUCAAGGUGGAGACGGUGAACAGGGAACCACUGACGCUGCAUGCUGACCGGGAGGAGGACACAGCCAGCGUCUCCACUGCCACCCGUGUCAUGAAGGCCAUCUACUCGUCGUUCAAGGAUGACGUGGACUUGAAGCAGGACCUGCGCUGUGACACCAUCGACACCCGCGAGGAGUACGAGCUGAAGGACCCAACCAACGGCUACUACAACGUCCGUGCCCACGAGGACCGCCCAGCCUCCCGCACUGUGCUCUACGCCGAUUACCGUGCGCCGGGGCCGGGCCGUUACGACGCGCGCCCACCCUCACGUCUGUCCCACUCCAGUGGCUACGCUCAACUCAACACCUACAGCCGCGGCCCCGCGUCCGAGUACAGCGCCGAGGCGGCAGCGGGCACCGGGGCCCCUCCGGGUACAGCAGGCGGUGAAACAGCCAGCCAGCUCUCCUAUGAGAACUAUGGGGGGCACGCUGCCUUCCCGGCCGGCGGUGGCUACGGCGGGUACCGGCUGGGCUACGGGCAGCCCACCAGCCUGGAGCGGGCACCCUACGACGCCUACGACCCCAUGGGCAAGUACGCCAGUGCCACCCGUUUCUCCUACACCUCCCAGCACUCGGACUAUGGGCAGCGCUUCCAGCAGCGGAUGCAGACACACGUUUAGGGCGGGCGGAGGGCGGCGGGUGACGGGGUCCUGGUGACCGUCCCCUGAUAUUCAGGGGCACAUCGUGACCCAACUCGCCCCACUCCAGCGUGCGCCGGGUCCCUUGUCUUCGAGCUUCCACUCCCCGCUGGGAUAUUGGUUGUCUUUGCGGUACCUUCCCAUAGGGGUCCAGGGUGUCCUCCUCUGCUGGACCCCCCGGACCCCUCCCUGUCUCAGUUGGGGGGACCCCGGAGCCCUCUCGAUGGGGGCAUGGCCCCGCCAGCACCACCCGUCCUAUGGCACACGGGAGAUGCUCUGUGCACGUAUACAUCCGUAUGCACACA